CAGCAUGUGCGGCCGCUAUGCUCUCGCCUUGGUGAGUUGGCAGGAUUCUUCGACAAUUCAUCAGCGCUCUAUCGAAAUGGAGCUCCGCUUCAACCGCGGCCUUCAGAGGUGCGGAUCCAGCUCGAGCAAACGCAAAUGCCAGUCGACCAAGCUCCUCAAGACGAUGAAAGUGGUCUUCGCCACACGUACAAUUUUGCUCCAGGCAACCACGGUCUGGUCUAUCGAGCAGAUUCACCCCAUGAUCAUGUAAAAGAGGAAGAUAGUGCAGACUAUCCCGACGAACAACACCAUCCCAAGGCGAGCAAAGCCACAUACAAGCUGCAAACUAUGAAAUGGGGACUCAUACCCUUUUGGACAAAGCGGAAUCCCGACUUUGGGUCCAUGAUCAAGACAAUCAACUGCCGUGAUGACUCCUUGUACGAGGACCGCGGCAUGUGGACCAGCAUGAAGAAGAAGAAACGGUGUAUCGUCGUGGCACAAGGCUUCUACGAGUGGCUCAAGAAGAACAACGGCAAAGACAAGUUGCCGCAUUUCACCAAGCGCAAGGAUGGCCAGCUCAUGUGCUUUGCGGGUCUCUGGGACUGUGUCCAGUAUGAGGAUUCCGAAGAGAAGUUGUACACGUACACCAUCAUCACAACCAGCUCAAAUAAGCAGCUCCAAUUUUUGCAUGAUCGCAUGCCCGUCAUCUUAGAGAAUGGAUCCGAUGCCAUCAAGGCAUGGCUGGACCCGAACCGCACCGAGUGGAGCCGCGACCUGCAGUCGCUCUUGAAGCCCUUUGAAGGCGAGCUCGAGUGCUAUCCCGUCAGUAAAGAUGUAGGCAAAGUUGGAAACAACUCGCCCUCUUUUGUGGUGCCCAUCAACAGCGCGGCCAACAAGAACAACAUCGCCAAUUUUUUUGGUACCCAACAGAAACCGGCGACCGGUCACGAUCACGGUGCGCGCCCCGACGACGACGAUGCAUCAAGCAAGACGAAUAUCAAAGCAGAGCACAACGCUGACCACGAUGGUGAUGGUGAUCCCCGUGAGACGACGAACCUCGUGGGAGGAACCGAGGACAAUGCGCCAUUGCCUGUGCCAGAACAAGUGAAGGGCAGCCCAGGGCCUAAAGAGGGCGAGCUGAGUAGCAUCAAGCGGCAGGGCAGCGAAGCAAAGGACCAUGAGGGUGGCACAGCAGUCGGUGGACCCCAACAGAAACGGACCUUUUCCGACCCGCAUGCGCCAUCGGGCAGCCAAUCGCCAGCAAAGAAAGUGGCUGCAAAGAAGGCUACAAGAAGCGCCACGAGUAACGGGAGUGCAGCAAAGACUCGUUCCAAAGGCGACGGCAGCCGGAAGAUCACGUCCUUUUUCACCAACAAGUGA